ACUCCUUUCCCUCGCUCGGAUGAUAUCCAAACCAUUUUCCCUCUCGCGAGUCUCCCUUCAUCUGCAACCUUUUUAAAGAGCUUUCGAGUCUCCAUCGCUAGAAGGGCGAGAUGCCGAUUGAAAUGCCCAAAGGGCUGCCGUUCUCUGUCGACACAUGGAGUUAUUAUUCCCACAGAAAGAGGCACCACUUCUUAACCCAUGCCCACAAAGACCACUCCUCCGGGAUCUCCACUCACUUCUCUUUUCCUAUCUACUCCACCCUUAUUACCAAGAUCCUCGUCCUUCAGCACUAUCCCCAGCUUGAUGAUUCGCUGUUCGUGCGUAUAGAGGUGGGACAAUCUGUGGUCGUUUAUGAUCCUGAUGGGGCUUUCACCGUCACGGCAUUCGAUGCGAAUCACUGUCCUGGAGCUGUAAUGUUCUUGUUUGAAGGCAAUUUUGGUAAUAUCCUGCAUACGGGAGAUUGCAGACUCACACCUGAAUGUGUACAAAGUUUACCAGAGAAGUAUGUUGGCAAGAAAGGAAAAGAUCCAAAUUGUCGACUUGAUUUUGUGUUCCUAGACUGCACAUUUGGUAGAUGUCAUCAAAAAUUUCCCAGCAAGCAUUCAGCAAUCAGACAGGUUAUUAAUUGUAUAUGGAAGCAUCCAGAUGCUCCUGUGGUGUAUCUGGCAUGUGAUCUUCUUGGUCAGGAAGAAAUACUGGCAGAUGUGUCCCAAACGUUUGGAUCCAAGAUAUAUCUUGAUAAAGCCAAUAAUCCAGAAUGUUUCCAAAAUCUUACACUUACACAUCCUGGAAUCAUCUCUGAAGAUCCCUCUUCCCGCUUCCAGGUAUUUGAUGGAUUUCCUAAACUGCAUGAAAGGGCAAACGCAAAACUUUUGGAGGCCCGAGCCAACUUUCAACCUGAGCCUCUCAUAAUCCGGCCAUCAACACAGUGGUAUGCAUGUGAGGACGAGUACUCUGAGAAAGAAAACCAAAAAAAACUGAGAUUGAAUGGAGCGGUGAGGGACCAGGUUGGUGUUUGGCAUGUUUGUUACUCAAUUCACUCAUCCAAGGAAGAAUUAGAAUGGGCCCUUCAACUUCUUGCACCAAAGUGGGUUGUUUCAACAACCCCCAGUUGCAGGGCGAUGGAGCUGGAAUAUGUUACAAAACACUGUUUUGCCACUCAAUUAGCUUCAAAAGACCCUAUCUGGAAGCUUCUCGACAUUGCCAUGGAAGAUUCUGUAGACGUAGAUGUAUCAAUCAAAGCUGUUACUGGUUCUCCAGUGGCUGAAGGGAGCACACAAAAUUAUGUCGAACCUCAGUUUGAGCCAGUAAAAGUGUCUACUAGCUUGAAAGGACUCAUAAAGUUGUCCCCUCAGAGCAACAGUGUGACAUUAUUUGGAAAGGCAAGACUUUGUCUCCAAGAUUUUAGUUUUUCACAUGAAGAGCCAAAAGUCGUAACUAUUGACAAUGGCACUCCACAAAUAGCUGCCAACAAAUUAGACGAAUUCUCUUUCAAAGAGGAUGCGGAAGUGAAAAGCCGGAAAUCAGAAAACAAGACAGGUAUAAAUGGAACUGAAGCACAACGUCAGGGGUCAGUGGAUAAAGAAACAGAAGAUUGUAAGAGUGUUCCAUGUUCAACAAUUGGAUCUUCAAAGAGCUUUAAUGAAAGAUUUAGAAAGUUGUACAGGUCAAUGAAUGUCCCUGUGCCUCAGCCUCUUCCCUCCCUAGUGGAACUUAUGAAAGCCAACAAGCGAGCCAAGAGGAAGUUCGAUUAAUGAAACAAACCAAUCGACUGUUCUUCACUUUGUCCGGACUGACAGAUACAGAAUAUAAAAUACAGAAAGGAAGCCUGAGAUUGGUUUACUUUCUCAGUUUCUACCACCCUACAGGCUACAAGGAGGUGGUAAAGGGCAAGAAUACAUACGACACUAAAAGAUUUGGUGCGUAGCCAUACGAUUAACCCCCAUUGUUUUAUUCGUGUUGGUAGGGUGAGUGUAUUUUAAUUUUUUAUAGCAUUGAUUCAUCCCCUCUAUGAAUUAGGAUUCAUAUUGAUUGUGGAAAAGGGGCGUCUGGUAUUGUACUGUCACAAACGCAUACGAAAGCAUGUAAGAUCUCAACAAUAAAAAUAAUCGGAAUAAUAUA